UGGCUAGCUUGGAUUCUCUCUUAAAUGAUUCUUAAAAUCUGUUUAAAACCAACAAUGUAAGAGGGAUUUAAGGAGCUCACAUGAAGCUGAUUCCCACAUUGAGGGCGAACAGUGAAUUGUACCAGAUAAAGUAUUUAAUUCUAAGAUGAAAAUGAAUCUCUGUUGGCUUGGAUGAUUGCUCUGUAGGCCGGCUUCAUGUGCUCAUUUGUUGGUUGGUGAAUAAUGAUAGCCGCCCAAUAGCCAUUCACUGAGAAAACUCCUCGAUUGAGUUAAUUUUCUUGAAGUCAAAAGUGAUCUUAGAAUGGCAGUUGGAUUAAAGACCUUAGCAAGGCUGAGUCAUCACACGAGACAUUUUCAUCUAUGGCUGUUCAUCGCUAUUGCAUCUCAAAUCAUGUGGACCGUACACGGGAUAGAAACACCAACCACUCUAGAAGGAAGAAAAGAAGACGAAAUGGAGCAUUCUCACAAUACAGACAGCCUAAGUAUGAUGAUAUUGAUCACCCUUCUUAUUGUAGAUGUGUUGAUCAUUUGGCUUUUCAAAAUUCGACGACUCCAGUUCAUUCACGAGACAGGUGUAGCCAUGAUCAUCGGUGUGGUGGUGGGCUUUUUGAUCAAGUAUGCAGACAAUCAAAACCAGCGGAAACCUCUAGCCGUGAAAAUCAAGAACUGCGGUAACCUUACAAAUGCUCCUAGGAGUGUUUUUGUUAACAUAAACGGUACAGAAUAUUCUUAUAAUUUGAUUGGAAUUCGUUUUCCUUCCCAAACAUCGCCUCCCGAGGAAUCGAACGAGAUCGAAUCACGCGCUACAUUUAACCCUGAAAUCUUUUUCUAUGUGCUCCUGCCUCCCAUAAUCUUUUACGCCGGAUACAGUAUGCAGAAGAGGUACUUUUUCAGGAACUUGGGUGCCAUAUUGACUUAUGCUUUCAUAGGAACGACCAUAUCAUGCGUAUCUACUGGUUCUCUGAUAUAUGGGUUCAAUAAGUGGACAGGGGUAACGUCCGACUUCGAUUACCCAGAAUGUCUAUUAUUUGGUGCUUUGAUUUCUGCUACAGAUCCUGUUACUGUUCUCGCAAUCUUCCACGACAUUCACGUUGAUGUUGAUUUGUAUGCAUUGGUAUUUGGAGAAAGCGUUCUUAAUGAUGCUGUUGCAUUGGUAUUGUACCGAGCAAUCGAAAGCUACUUGGCUUACAACCCAAGAGAAAUGCGGCAGUUUGAUGUUUUAUCAGUAUUACAAGCUGUAGGGGACUUUGUUGCUAUUUUCGCCGGUUCGUUCGUGAUUGGCUGUGGAAUGUCAUGCAUUAAUGCUCUGGUGACAAAGCUAACCAAACUAGGUAGUUUCCCUGUCCUUGAGACCGCUUUGCUUUUCCUCAUGUCCUACUGUACGUUCCUUGCAGCAGAAGUGGCCAACUGGUCAGGGAUUGUUGCUGUUCUUUUUUGCGGUAUAACUCAACAGCAUUACACUUAUAAAAACCUCACUGAAGAAUCAAGAGUUCGAACCAUUCAGACUUUUGAGCUAAUGAACUUUCUGGCGGAAAACUUCAUUUUUACCUAUAUUGGAUUAUCUGUGUUCGCAUUUGCCAGCCAUCAAUGGAAUCUAGGUUUUAUUGGCUGGACGUUCUUAGCAAUUAUAGUUGGUCGUUUCCUCAAUAUCUACCCUCUGUCAUUCUUGCUCAAUCUUGGCAGAACACGUACCAUCCCUUUCAACUUUCAACACAUGAUGUUCUUUUCUGGUCUUCGUGGAGCGAUUGCGUUCGCGCUGGCGGUUCGUAAUUCUGUCUCUAUUCCUCGCCAGAUGAUGUUGACUGCAACCCUUGUAAUCGUUAUUGUUUCGGUGAUUGUCCUUGGGGGACUAACGGUGCCCGUUCUUUCUGGUCUCGGCAUUAGGAGUGGGGUGGACGAGCAUGAAGAGGAGAAAAAAGCAAGAAGAUUAAGUUUGCUUGAUAUAAAUGACCCUUCAUCAAGCACACCAGUAGAUCGAAUAGAAAAGAAAAUUUAUGAAAAAGCAUGGCUCGUACGUGCUUGGUCUAAAGUGGACAACAAAUAUCUAAAGCCGUUAUUUGUCGAGGAGAGUGCACUGACACACUAACUUUUAUGUCAGUCAGUAUAUAGCUAGUUAAAAUAAUGUUCACUUUAGAGUACUGAAUACGCUCACGUCAAAGUUCUUUACAGCCGUGUUAAACGAAAAGAAAUACGCUUUCUUCGAUCUUGGCGGAUUUUAUCUGGGGGGUCAAAUACGCCAUCAAAUACAAAGGGGUAUUCAGUAUUUUCAACGAAGACCAUUCUCUUUAAAAUAGCUGUAGUGUAUAACAGUGGAUGAAUGUAAAAAAAAUAGUGAAUGGGUUAUGUAAAAUGUUUGGGGUAUUGACUAUUGAGGGGCAUUUUCGAGGUAACUAUCGAAAGAAUAUCGUCAAAAAUGGCGACGAUGUAUGUUUUUUGUUUAAAUUUGUAGUCAGGGCGUGCCAUGUUUCAAUUCUAGAAAAUUUGAUCGAUGCUAUUAGAAACGAUUCUAUAUAAUUAUGCA